AUGUUCUCCCAUGAAGAAAAGUGUGAUAUGUUAGAAUGCUAUUUAGUGUGCAGAAAAUCCUCCUUGAGAGCAAGAGAAUACUACAGUGAAUUAUAUCCCGCUCGCAUUCAACCGUAUGAACGAUAUUUUCUGAGACUUUAUCGAAAAUUUAGGGGCAACGAAAAUGUUUUUGCUAAAACAAGGGUAAAAAAAGAAUUCAUAAUAAGCGAGGCCACGGAAAUUGCAGUUAUUGGAUAUUUUGAAGCUUAUCGUGAGAAUUCAAUAGCAGAUAUUCUCAAGGACUCUAAUUUCAGUUAUGGUACUGUUCAAAGGAUUUUAAAAAAAUACAAAUUUAUUCCGUAUAAGUACCGACCAGUUCAAACGCUUUUGGCAGGGGAUCCAGAGAGAAGACUUGUUUUUUGCCAUUGGUAUCUUAGCUUCUGUCGCCAAAAUGUAAAUAACUUUCGUUACCUUUUAUGGACAGAUGAAUCAAAUUUUUCAAAUUCUGGAAUGUUUAAUAGAAAAAACCACCAUUAUUGGUCAAGAGAAAAUCUUUUGUUAGUACAUCCAAGAGGCCCACAAGUCCGUUUCAGUUUCAACGUUUGGUGCGGUAUAAUUGGUUCAAAAAUUGUUGGCCCGUUCUUUUAUGAGGGAACCCUAACUGGUGAAAGAUAUGUGGAAUUUAUGUCAGAAAUUCUGACUAAUUUCUUAGACGAAUUGGAUCUUAUAAGUAGACAUCAUCUGCAUUUUCAGCAAGAUGGCGCACCUGCCCACAACUCCAGAGGUACUUAUCAUUUUCUAAGUACUACUUUUAAUGAUCAGUGGAUAGGAACAAAUGGCCCAAUACAGUGGCCUCCCAGAUCACCAGAUCUAAACCCACUUGAUUACUUCUUGUGGGGUUACUUAAAGAACCAAAUUUACAAGCGAAGGUACGAUAACCUUGACGCGUUAAAGACUGCAGUUAGGGAAAAGAUAACCCAGAUAGAUGGUAGGACCAUACUUAAGACAGUUCGAGCAGUUGAAAAACGUGCCCAAAAAUGUAUUGAAGAACAAGGUGGUGUUUUCGAGCAUCUUCUUUAA